UAAGUCAUAACGUUUUCGCGUCGUGGAAAGCCCUCGUCGAGGAUGCGGUUAUUGACCUUGAAGAAGUUAUUUGCCAUUACGGCGUUGAUGACCACACUGUGUACUUUGUUCGUAUCUUUUAAAGCGUCACAUAAGUCCUUUGUGAAGACGUCGACGCAGCAGCUUCACAGCCUGCAAAUCUCGCCAUUGGACGAUUACGAAACAUACACUUUGGGAAAGCUGACAAGGCAUAACUUUCCUGUGCAGGAUUUGAUCCGAAACAUCAACGUCAGUGUCACUGGAAGCGAUGUCCUUGUGUUUUUACGCAUACAGAAAACCGGAAGUACUACCUUUGAGAACCAUUUGCAGCAUAACUUGAAUUUGAAAGAUUGGUGUCAGCGUAAUGCAAGCAAAAACUUAUUAAGUCAACCUGAUUGUCAGAAGAAAUGGAGGUACAAUGUUCUCUUCAAAUUUAAAGGCAACGAGCUACCAUGUCUUACUCACGCAGACUGGACGUACUUUCACGAAUGUGUAGAUGCUGUAAUGAAGAAUGAUCGUAGGGGACAAAUUAACCAAAGACAUUUGUACGUUACCAUGGUGAGGGAUCCCCUUCGAAGGUUCCUCAGCGAAUGGAAACAAGUGAGCGAAAGGGCAGCAACAUGGAUUGCAGAAAGAAUUAUUUGCAAUGGUCAUGCUGCCACAAAGGCGGAACUACCUCCAUGCUUUAGCAAGAACUGGUUAAACGUCACCCUUGAUGGCUUCAUGGAGUGUGCAUCAAAUCUUGGAAUAAACAGACAAACACGGAUGUUAGCCAACCUGAGCAUUGUUGGUUGUUACAACACUUCCGUCUCCGGUUUCACGUUCGACGAAAGACACUACCGUAUGCUUGCAAGUGCAAAAGAGAACUUACGAAACAUGGCUUAUUUUGGUUUGACAGGUUAUCAAGAAUUAUCACAGAUCUUAUUUGAGAAUACCUUCAAUUUGAAUUUUGUUAAGAAAUUCAAGUAUUCUUCACCCAGUAAAACAUGGAGUGGCAGAGUCAAAUUGUCCAAUGCGCAACGUGACAAAAUACUUCAUUUGAACAGGUUUGAUGUCAUGCUAUACCAGUAUGCCAAGGACUUGUUUUUCCAAAGGUUACAAAUGGUGGCAGAAAGAACAAAGGAUUCCUCACUUCGAAAAUUCAUUCACACGAAAAUAGGGCCAAAGCACAUUAUCAGUGGUUCGAAAAGGGAGCCAACUCUGCUCGCCUAAUCAAAAGUUCGCGGUGGGUCCAACCUCGAAACGAAAUGUACUUGUUGCAGGGAAUAUGUACUACGUCAAAAAACCCGUGUUAACAACUACUUCUUUUUAUAUUUUGAGUGAGUGAGUAUUGUUUUACGCCGCUUAUAGCAAUAAUCGAGCAA